ACAAUGUAUGACUACUAGCAGCUAUUGAAAAUCUGACUGACAAAACUUGGUCUAUGUUAUAACAGUGUAUGUGUAUUAUUCGCGGCGAGUUCCGAGAGCAUUAAUAUACAUACAAAUUUACCACACGUCCAAAAAAAAGAAAAAAAUAUAUAAAAAUAUUUAAUAGUUUACAAAAAAUAAUCAAUUAAUCCGUUCAACAAUGUCUUCGACUGACCGAAUUGAUAUUGAUAAACCAUUAUGGGACCUGAGCACAUUUAGUGGACGUGUACGACAUUUUGCAUGGGUUACAGAUCCCAGAACAUGCAUAGAAUCAGAUAAAGAAUUGAAUGAAGCUAAAGUAUUGGUAGAUCUGUAUCGAAAAGGACAAGAACCAAAAGGAGUAACACGCGAACAAAUUAUCUAUGCGAAAAAAUUAUAUGAAUCAGCAUUUCAUCCAGAUACUGGAGAAAAGCAGAAUAUAGCUGGGCGAAUGUCUUUUCAAGUACCUGGUGGUAUGGCAAUUACUGGAGCUAUGUUACAAUUUUAUAGGACAGUACCACAGGUUGUAUUUUGGCAAUGGGUCAAUCAAUCAUUUAAUGCUUUAGUGAAUUAUACGAACCGAAAUGCAAAUUCUCCUUUAACGACAACACAGUUGGGGGUUGCUUACGUUUCUGCUACAGCUUCAGCAAUGGUUACAGCUUUUGGAUUUAAUAAAAUGUUAGCCAAUGCUCCACCAAUUUUACAGCGAUACGUUCCAUUUGCUGCUGUAGCUGCCGCUAAUUGUGUAAAUAUUCCAUUAAUGCGACAAACUGAAAUACUUUAUGGUGUUGAUUUAAAUGAUGAGAAUGGAAAUUUAGUGGUUGCUAAAAGUAAAUAUGCUGCCGCUAAAGGUAUAUCACAAGUGGUUCUAUCCAGAAUUAUAAUGUGUGCACCGGGUAUGUUAGUUUUACCUGUGAUUAUGGAAAGAUUGGAGAAAUUCCCAUGGAUGCAUAAAAUAAAAAUUCUACAUAUGCCAAUUCAAGUAUUGGGUGUUGGAUGCUUCUUAACGUUUAUGGUGCCGAUUGCAUGCGCGAUAUUUCCUCAAACUUGUUCAAUUAGCACAGCCACAUUAGAACGUUUCGAACCCGAAGAAUAUGCAAAAUUGAAAAAACAAUACGAUGGCAAAGAAUUACCUCAAUUUUUGUACUUCAAUAAGGGAUUGUAAAUGUAAAAACGGGUAAUACGAAAAUUUUCGAGAAGAAAAACUACCACAGUAUACAUUAGAGAGCAAAAUUAUAGAAAAUGUUAUUUUAAAUGUGAUAAUCUAAGAAACGUGAUUGAAAAUUGGAAAUAUAGUCGAUUUCUCCCAAUAUUGUUAGUUUAUUUUUGAAUAUGUUAUCUGGGAGAUUUAGAUUUAAGAUGGAAAAACAAUAUUAGACAAUAAUUUUAUCUCAUAAUUCUUAAUAAAAAAACUUAAAUUUUCAUUUAAGUGAUUAUUAUUUUUUUUUAAAUUUCGCUUUAAUUUUCAUUUAAGUUAUUAAUUUUUUGUUUUUAAUUUCGCAUUUGUUUUAAAACCAAAAAGCAAUUUGUUUAUUUCAAUAAGUAUUUUAGCAAUAAUUUUUAUUGGGUCCACCUUGGACUACAACACGCUUACUUUUUUCGAAUAAAUUAUUUUAAUAUUAAUACUUGUUUUUUUUUAGUUGAUGUUAUUUUUAAAAGUUUUUUUUUUUCAUGAGACAAACGUAUCAUUAGAUGGAAUAAAAAAGAAAAGAAUAAAAGAUUGUUAAAAUGAA